UGACGCGGCGGAGGUGACGCGCGGGGCGGUGGUACCGGGGCGCUCGGCGCUGUCUCCUUGUCCCCAUCACGGCUCCCGCUCGGCCCCCCCGCGCCGCCAUGUCCGCGCCCGGCAGCGGCGGCGACUUCGGGAACCCGCUCAGGAAGUUCAAGCUCGUCUUUCUGGGCGAGCAGAGCGUUGGGAAGACCUCCCUGAUCACCAGGUUUAUGUAUGACAGUUUUGACAAUACUUACCAGGCAACCAUUGGAAUUGAUUUCCUGUCCAAAACAAUGUACCUGGAGGAUCGCACGGUGCGGCUGCAGCUCUGGGACACGGCGGGGCAGGAGCGGUUCCGCAGCCUCAUCCCCAGCUACAUCCGCGACUCCACCAUCGCCGUCGUGGUCUAUGACAUCACAAACUUGAAUUCUUUCCAGCAAACCUCCAAGUGGAUCGAUGACGUCAGGACAGAGCGAGGCAGUGACGUCAUCAUCAUGUUGGUGGGGAACAAAACCGACCUGGCAGAUAAGAGGCAAAUCACCACAGAGGAAGGGGAACAGAGAGCCAAAGAGCUGAAUGUGAUGUUCAUUGAGACCAGUGCAAAGACUGGCUACAAUGUGAAACAGCUUUUCCGCCGUGUGGCUGCUGCCUUACCUGGGAUGGACAGCACACCAGAGAAGAGCAAAGAAGACAUGAUUGACAUCAAACUAGAGAAGCCCCCCGAGCAGCCAGUGACGGAGAGCGGCUGCUCCUGCUAACGGCCCUGGCGGCAGCGGCAGCCCCGGCGGCCGGGCUGGAGAACAUCGCGCUCAUCGCCCCCGGGGCUGCCAAACCAUCCCCAAGCGAGCAAUGAACCCCUGGGUACUGGUGGGGAGCAGCCCCAGCUCCCCUCUCACUGCAUGGUUUGAGCCCUGAGUGCAGAAUGAGUGUCCUGUCAUUUGAGUUUAUUUUUUUAUGUUGUUGCACUUUGGCACCACGGUGCCCUUCACACUUUCUCUCUCUCUCUCUCUCUCUCUCUCUCUCUUCCUCCCUUUCUCCCCCUGUUCCCACCUGGAGCCUCCCUGCUCAGAUGUAUCUUGUGAAUGCCAUGGAAAAGCUGCCGAGUUAGGGAAGACAAAAAUGAAGCUUUGGGGGGGUGGGUUCUCUGCCUUCCCUCCUGCCUUGCAUCCUCCCCCUGCCUUCUCCAGCCCCCUGUCCUGCAUCCCCACUUCCUCUGGUGAAAGGCUGCUCCUUAAACUUAAACCAGUCACUUGGACUUGCCUUUUUGGACUCUGCAGGUUCCCAGGCUUUGCUUCCCGCAGGGCACACAGCCCAUGAGCUCUUUGGUUUCUCCUUUCUGUGGAUGACCCUGGCUAACUCUUGCUCACCACUUCCCAGUUUUGCCCCUCGAGUCACACAGGCCCUGGAAAGCCCCAGACUCUGAGAGCUUUGGCCUUGUUGCUCCCAUUUGUGUGGCAGGGACAUCCCAGAGCCUGCUGGAAUCUCUUCCCAUCCAGAGGAUGUUGGUGAGUGUUGGCUGCACGAGGGACCAGAGGCUUUGCAGCCCGAGGCUGGGUGGGGAGAGAUCCUCAGGGAUUCUGGAAGCGAACAGUGACCUGGAAUCCAUCACUGCAGGGACAGUACCUGCCCUGGGAGUCAUGGAUGCUCCUCAGGCUCCUUCCCUGGUCUCCAUUCUCCUGUUCUUUUAUCAUGGGAGCUGUUUCAUGCGGAGCAGGAGAGCCACAGCCGAGGGAAGGGCAACAUUCCACUCUCAUUCCCAGGUUGCUGCUUGAUGGAAUCAUUCCCAUUGCCUCUGCCCUUGGAGCAGAGCUCUGGGGUGGGACCAGCAGCCAAUUCACUCCUGGGGGAGUUUUAACCUUUGCCAAAGCUGAGGGGAGCAGUGGCAGGGAAUUCCUGUCACAGUGGGUGGAGGAUUGGAGGAUGGGAUGCUGCUGAAGGGAAUUCUGGUGUCACUCCCCAGCCUUGGAGGUUGGGAGCUGCCUCCUUUCCCUCAGCUCCUGGUUUUGAAUUAAUUCAUAGAACUUUUCAGAGAUUUCCUGGGCUUUUGGGUCCACAAAAAGUUGGCAGAGAGGAGAAUUCCGCUGUCCUGUCCCCACCUGGCCUGUGUGACACGGAGCAAGCUGUGGUAGGACAGUGAGCACAGUGUGACCACGGCGGGGGGGUCAGUGUCACUCCCUCCCUUCCCUUGGCAGGGUGUCCCUCAAUCCCUGACCCGAGGAGGGGAAGGGACAGCCCUGUGCUGGGAUGUGGCAGCCCUGGCCUGGCAGCAGCUCACUGAGGUCCCCAGAGUCCCCUCCCCUGGGCCAGCUGGCCGCAAGAGGAAGCUGGGAUGUGAGUCCUGUCCCACCCCUCGGGAAGCUGAUCCCAUUCCCUGUACAUAGCCCCUGUGGGAGUUGCUGGUGUCGGUGUCCGUGUCUGUAGAACAGGUGUUGCUGUCCCUGCCCAGGCAGCUCUGCUGUCCCUGUCCCUCCCUGGCAGCUCUGCUGUCCCUUCGUGUUGUUCGAGUCACGGACCGGGGCGGGAGGGGGGAGACCCCAAUUAGGGGCGGGGGGUAAUUAGUGAAUCCCAUAGUUCCCUUCCCACUGUUUUUCUGGAUGUGUUCCUGCCGUGUGUCCGGCCCCGCUGUCUUGUAGCUGUAGCGAGUAAGUGUGACUGUAACUCUGAGUAAGGACUGUGUGACACAGCCACAGUGUAUCACUAAAUAAAUAAAGUUAUUUCACCAACA